AGCUUCAUGAUCAUAACAAAUACCAGCACGAUAAUAAUAUAGUAUAAUGUGAAUGGUAGAAAAAAAAAUCUUCGGUCUAUAAAUCAUAAAGAAAGUAGAGAAAUUUUUAAAAAAAUCUCGACGCAACGACAUAUCACAAUCGAACGUAUCUGCCAGGUGGAUACAACUACAUUUUUGUAGUUACGCUCCAAAAAGGAAUGAUUAAUCUUGAUAUUCCGUAAUGUGGUAAUACGAAUUAUGAAUAUGAUUAAUCAAAUUGCACACACACGAACGCAUAUCAUAUGUGGGGUUCGCAGGAUCAGAGUGUGUUUGUAACACCGAAGCAGUAAAGUAUCAGAAAAGUUCGUAAUUGUCACAUUACUGGAGUCAUUUAUUUUAAACACACAAAAGAAGAAAAUUAAUCAUAUGUUAAAAUUAAUACUACUACUACUAAAUACCAAAAAUCUUAAAUUCGAAACCUAAAAAAUUAAAUUCCCCUGACAGAACCCUGGUCCCCACGCUACAGUCAACACCAGAGUCAGCGCGUGAGCUCAAACGUUUUCAGACAAAAAUACUCGGCAAAGAAAGAAAAAAAACACUCGCGGUAAUGAGCUGUGUAGGACCCACACUCCAUGUGCCUUCCUUCCUGUCUCCACCAGAGCUUCCUGCUACUCUCUAAAUCAUUUUACCUCUCAACCUUCUUCUUCUCGAGAGUGAGAUAGAGAGAACCCUAUCCCCACCGACUCUCCAUGGAGAACAACGACGGAGCAAUGACUAACGGCGUCAUAAUCAACAAAGGACCUCUUAACGCCGUCAAAAAACCACCGACCAAGGACCGGCACAGCAAAGUCGACGGGAGAGGGAGGAGAAUUCGCAUGCCGAUCAUAUGCGCGGCUCGAGUCUUCCAGCUGACAAGAGAGCUCGGCCACAAAUCCGACGGCCAAACCAUCGAGUGGCUCCUCCGCCAAGCCGAGCCUUCCAUCAUAGCCGCCACGGGAACAGGCACGACUCCCGCGAGCUUCUCCACCGCCUCUCUCUCCGCUUCUUCCUCCCCCUUCGCUCUCGGAAAACGCUUCUUGAGAGGAGAGGAGGGAGAAUCAGGCGGCCCCGGAGGAGGAGGGGAGUUAACUGUUGGACACGCAAUGAGUGGUGGUGGUGGUGGUGGGUUCUGGGCGGUUCCGGCGAGGCAGGACUUCGGACAAGUAUGGAGCUUUGCCGCCGGAGCUACGCCGGAGAUGUUGUUUACGCAGCAGCAGCAAGCAGCUACACUCUUUCCCACACGAACUGUAUUGAUAUCUCACAGGCCAAAGGAUUGUAAUUCUGAAUGUUUCUCGUGACUUGGUAUGAAUGAGAAUUGAAGAUAUGAAAACAAAAUAAUGUGAAUGUGUCAAUUACUGUGAAGUGGUCCUUGUCUUCUUUAUAUUUAUUUAUUUACUGUCAAAGUCUGUAUGUAACUUUGUGUUUGCUCUCUCUUUUUGGUAAAAAGUUAUGUAGUAUUGUUUGUUUAAGCUUUAUUUUGGAAAACUGUCAUACAAGCGGUUCUUUAGCGGUUUUAUAACCAGUGGGACCAGAUGAAAAUUUGCUGAAUGCUUUAGACUGUAAACGCAGUUGGACAAGGAAGAGGAUAAGAACAUUGUCUCCAAGCUUAGCAAUCUCUCUAUUAGAGAUCAAAACAGGCAAGCUUGAGAUAUGUAUUGAUAAUGUUUUCAGUGUGAUUCUUAAAAACACUUCCUCAAGAUGGAAAAGUUGUGCUUCCUGCUUUUGGAGCAGUGACUUCCAAGCUCUCAGGCAAAGCUUGGACCAUGCGAGGGACCUCAGAUCAACAUGCAUGAAGAAUCUGCUGCGUCCUGGUUGGGAAGACUCAUGUUCAGGCACCGCGAUUUCGACUUGUUUAUGGCUGAGGAAUCUAAUUGAUGACCUGCCACUUCCGAACGCCCUGGUGAUGUCAGUGAUAUUGGCGGUUGAAUAAUAAGACUGGUUGUGGUAUCUUGUUAUCAUGAAACAUAUAGAUUUGCGAACAUCUGGAUUUUUCGGUUUUUAUAAGAGAGAGAGUUGAUAU